CUUCCCUCCCUCCCUCUCCUUCCUUCUCUGCAUCCUUUCACUCUUCCUCUUGACUUUCUCCGAGCCUGGAUCCAGCGCAGCCUUCGUCCAGCAGCCAGGAAAAUGAAAGGCAAUUUUUGCCUCUUUUUUGCGUCCACCUGUUCUGUCUUUUGGUUGCAUCUUCAGGGAGGCGCAUGUUCAGAGGGCGAACACAAGCUCUUCUCCGUCAUCUUCUCCAAGUACAACCAGUUUAUUCGACCGGUGGAGAACGUGUCUGAGCCAGUCAUUGUGCAGUUUGAGGUCUCCAUGUCGCAGCUGGUCAAAGUGGAUGAAGUCAACCAGAUCAUGGAGACAAACCUGUGGCUAAGACACAUCUGGAAUGACUACAAACUCAAAUGGAAUCCAAGAGAUUUCGGUGGUGUCGAGUUCAUACGUGUGCCGUCCAACCGGAUAUGGAAGCCUGAUAUCGUGCUCUACAAUAAUGCAGUCGGUGACUUCCAGGUGGAUGACAAGACGAAAGCUCUGCUUCGGUACAACGGCGAGGUCACAUGGAUCCCUCCCGCUAUCUUCAAGAGCUCGUGCAAGAUCGACGUCACCUACUUCCCCUUCGACUACCAGAACUGCACCAUGAAGUUUGGCUCGUGGACUUACGACAAGGCCAAGAUCGACCUGGUGCUGAUCGGCUCCACCAUCAACCUCAAGGACUUCUGGGAGAGCGGCGAGUGGAUGAUCAUCGACGCCCCCGGCUACAAGCACGACAUCAAGUACAACUGCUGCGAGGAGAUCUACACGGACAUCACCUACUCGCUUUACAUCCGCCGUCUGCCGCUCUUCUACACCAUCAACAUGAUCAUCCCCUGCCUGCUCAUCUCCUUCCUCACCGUGCUCGUCUUCUACCUGCCGUCCGACUGCGGCGAGAAGGUCACACUUUGCAUCUCUGUGCUGCUCUCCCUCACCGUCUUCCUCCUGGUCAUCACCGAGACCAUCCCCUCCACAUCGCUGGUCAUUCCGCUGAUCGGCGAGUAUCUCCUUUUUACCAUGAUUUUCGUCACCCUUUCCAUCGUCAUCACCGUCUUCGUGCUGAACGUCCACUACCGCACGCCCAAAACGCACACCAUGCCGCGGUGGGUGCGGGGCGUCUUCCUGGGCCUGCUUCCCAAAGUCAUGUUCAUGACCCGACCGGAGAGAGACCCGGAGAAGACGAACGAGAGCGUCCAGAUGAUCCGCCCCAGACCGUGCGGCGCUCACAACUCGGGGUCCCAACACAAAACACAGGUUCUGGCCUCCGGCGUGGUGUCCAGCUUAAUUAACCGGCAGAAGCCCCCGAAUGACACGGAGCUUUCCGAUCUCAACAACUUGAACGCAAACGAGCUAGCCAAAAGCGCCGGGUCGGGCUCGUUGUGCUGCGAGGAACGCUGCUGGCACCAGAGGUCCGGGAAGCUGCCAACGGACUCUGGAGGAGGCAGCGGCUUGAGCUGCCUAGGGGUCCUUAGCGGAGGCUCCAGCUCGGAGUCUUUGGAUGCGGGAGUAUUGACCCUUCUGCCGUUCUCCCCCGAGAUCAGGGAGGCCAUUGAGAGCGUCAAGUAUAUCGCAGAGAACAUGAAAAUGCAGAAUGAGGCCAAGGAGGUUCAGGAUGAUUGGAAAUACGUCGCCAUGGUGAUCGACCGCAUCUUCCUGUGGGUUUUUGUCCUGGUGUGCAUCUUGGGGACCGCCGGCCUUUUCCUCCAGCCUCUUCUACUCGGGGAAGACAUAUGAAUACAUAUUAUGCUAUUAUCAUUUUUUUAAGAAUUCAGACUAUCAAAACGCACAGCCUUUUUAGGAUAUUUUAAAAGACAGAACACAAUCGUACCGACGUCAGAUGAAAACCAUAAGGCCUUGAAAUUGGUCUUCAGAGCAUGAAACAAGAAAUGGGUGGCAACCUGAACACAUUAUGAUCAAAGAACGACAUCAUCUGUUUAAUUGAGGUACUGCAACCAAUUGCCUGCAGCAGUGAAAGAUUUUAUUGUGGCAUUUUGUGCAAACUCUUAUGCCUUUAUAUACCGCCAUAAAAUCACCUGUAAAUACAGA